UCUACAGAAUCAUUUUUGCAUUAGUAGCUUCUCGACCUUUUUUAUUAUAUCAAAUAUUAUUAAUAUUAAAUUUACAGUUGGCUAUGUGUGUAUGUGAUCAUCAGUCCAUAGAGUUGAGUAAUAUAUAAGGGGAUGUGAUGAUUUAAUUGCAAGAAGCAGGGUGUUUUGCACACACAACAAGACCAACCACAGUUGGCCACACAACUCAAAUUCAGAUAAUUUGAAGCUCCUUCACUGUCUCCAAUGAAAAUCAACGACAACAAGAAGCUCUCUCUCUUCAUUUUUCUCUUUUCUUCUUCUCUUGCCACCCUCAUCACCCCCUCUCAAGGUGAUUACAAAGAAUGGCAAACUCGAUACCCUUUCAUCCGAGAGUCAAGCUCAUUCUCAUCAUCAUCACCACCAUCAUCAUCGUUAUCCAAAGGUGGAGGAAAGGGGUAUGACUACAUUGUUGUAGGGGGUGGUACAGCAGGGUGUCCAUUGGCAGCCACAUUGUCCCAAAAAUAUAAGGUGUUGUUACUUGAAAGGGGUGGUGUCCCUUUUACAAACAGAAAUGUGUCCUUUUUGUCAAAUUUCCAUCUUACCCUUGCGGACCUUUCUGAUACUUCUCCUUCACAAUAUUUUGUGUCUAAUGAUGGAGUCUACAAUGCAAGAGCUAGAGUUUUGGGUGGUGGUACUGCCAUCAAUGCAGGGUUUUACUCCCGAGCAAGCGCAAGUUAUGUUAAGAGAGUGGGAUGGGAUGCAAAAUUGGUCAAUGAAUCAUACCCAUGGAUCGAGAAGCAGAUUGUUAAAGUACCCUUGUUCGAACCAUGGCAAAAAGCGGUUCAUGACGGUCUACUGGAUGUCGGGGUUUCACCUGAUAACGGGUUCACAUAUGACCAUUUGUAUGGAACGAAGGUUGGUGGAACCAUUUUUGACCAGUAUGGUCGUCGACACACUGCAGCUGAGUUAUUAUCCUCCGCAAACCCUCAAAACAUAGAUGUUUUGAUUCACGCAAGAGCUCAGAGGAUCAUGUUUGACACAACCGGGAAAAAACCGAGGGCGGUUGGAGUGGUUUUUAAAGACGAAAACGGGGUUGAACACGAGGCGUUUAUAUCUAGGAGGCGAGGUAGCGAGGUGAUUCUGACGUGUGGAGCCAUAGGUAGUCCGCAACUACUAUUGCUUAGUGGGAUCGGACCAAAAGCCGAUCUUGAGAAACUUAACAUUUCUGUGGUUCACGACAACAGAUUUGUGGGAAAAGAUAUGUCGGAUAAUCCUAUGAAUGCAAUUUAUGUUCCUUUCAAUAAACCAGUGAAACAAUCACUUAUUGAAACGGUCGGGAUUACAAACAAGGGCGUGUACAUUGAAGCUAGUAGCGGUUAUGGUCAAUCCAAAGACAGUAUUACUUGCCAUCAUGGUAUCGCUUCGGCUGAGAUUGGACAACUCUCUACUAUUCCUCCAAAACAAAGAACACGUGAAGCGAUCGAAUCAUACAAACGAAACAAGAAGGACAUUCCAUAUGAAGCAUUUCAUGGAGGUUUUAUCUUGUCAAAAAUUGCUUUCCCCAAGUCAAAGGGCGAGCUCAAACUGAUCAACACCAAUGCUGACGACAACCCAUUCGUCACAUUUAACUAUUUUAGCCACAAAGAAGAUGUAAAAGCGUGUGUUAAUGGGAUUCGAAUAAUGGAGAAACUAGUGAGGUCUGAACCUUUUUUGAAUUUCACUCAGUGUGACAGCAAAACUGUUGACAAGUUGCUGAACAUGAGCGUGACUGCCAAUGUGAACUUGAUACCGAGACACACAAACGAUACAGAGUCACUAGAGCAGUUUUGUAGAGACACGGUGAUCACCAUUUGGCAUUAUCAUGGUGGGUGCCAUGUGGAUCAGGUGGUGAACAAAGAUUAUGAGGUUAUGGGUGUUCAUAGGCUUAGAGUUGUUGACACCUCUACUUUGGACCAGUCACCGGGCACCAAUCCUCAAGCCACGGUUAUGAUGAUGGGAAGGUACAUGGGAGUGAAGAUUUUAAGAGAAAGGGUUGCCAAAACAAAAGCGAAAGGACUGCAGAGAUAGAGUAGAGCAUGUGGUUAGUGACGACGGUGGUGAUGAUGAUUUUGCGUUCUUUUUUUUUUUUUUUAUGUGUAAAAGAGUUGAGGUAGAUUUUUAUUCUUUGGAAGCAGCAGAGCUGAAGCAUUUAGUCUGAUGGUGUUUGAAUCCACUUCUUGAAUAUCGUAUAUUUAAGAUGAUGAGUUGGAAUACACUGCUCGCUUCUAGCAUUCUUAACCAACAAAUAUGUAUGUGUAGAGGUCAAACCAAGCAAUGGAGAACUCUUAAAGACUCAUGAUUCCUCUUGUAUUUUUAAGUGGUUCUGAUAUAUGUUUGGACUAUGUAAGUUUGUAGGGUUUCAUGUAAUUUGAAAAUCUUUAUUUGUUUUGUGUGGAUGAAUGCUAUUAUAGUUUUUAUA